AUUUUUCAGUCGUCAGUUGUCAAAUUUAUAAUUUAAUUGUUUAUGUGAUAAACACGUGGUUGUUCGAUUUGUAAAGUAAUUAAAUACGUACUAAAUUAUUGAAAAUGGUGAAAGUUAAAGCUAAGAAAACUAAGAAACAAGAUAAACAAGUAAAGGAAAUCAAUAAAGAAGAAAAUGAAGUUAUAUUACCGCCUGUUCGUAUGUCUGAUGAUCCUACACCUAAACAGGUAAAAUGGAUCAACAGACAAAGGGUACUUGUCUUUGCCGCACGCGGUAUUAACCAUCGCCAUCGGCAUUUAAUGGAGGAUUUAAAAAAAAUAAUGCCACAUCAUAAAAGUGAGUCUAAAAUGGAAAGAAGCAAAAAUUUGUACGUCGUGAAUGAAAUCAGUGAAAUGAAAAACUGCAAUAAAUGUAUCCUAUUCGAAGGUAGAAAAAUGAGAGACUUGUAUCUAUGGCUUGCAAAUAUACCUAAUGGACCCAGUGCUAAAUUUUUAGUCGAAAAUAUCUACACAAUGGGUGAAUUAAAGAUGACUGGUAACUGUUUAAAAGGUUCUAGGCCUCUUUUAUCAUUUGAUCCACAGUUCACUAAAGAUCCUCAUUAUAGUCUUUUGAAAGAACUACUCAUUCAAAUAUUUGGAGUUCCAAAACAUCACCCUAAAAGUCAACCAUUCUUUGAUCAUGUGUAUACAUUUAUGAUUUUGGACAAUAGAAUUUGGUUUAGGAAUUACCAAAUAUUGUCUGAAGAUGGAGCUCUAGCUGAAAUAGGUCCACGCUUUGUGUUAAACCCAGUAAAAAUAUUUUCGGGAUCAUUUGGUGGAGCUACUUUAUGGGAAAAUGCUAAGUAUGUAAGUCCCGCUAAGCUGAGGCAAGCAUAUAAUAGAAAGGCUGCUAACAAAUAUGAAAGAAGAAUUGAGAAGAAAGUAAUGAAUGAAGCUACUAGACCAGAAACAGGUUAUCCCGACAUAGAAGGAGCUGAUUUCUUCAAAGGUGAUCCCAUUAAGAAAGCUGAAGAUGCUCUCAUGGAAGAGGAAAUUAAACAAGAAAAUGACUCAGUGGCUGAUGAGAGUGAAAAUGAAACACCAAUGAAAACAGGUUUUAGUAUGAGGAUAAGCAGGCCAGAUAAAACCAUAAGACGUAAACAACUCAAAGCAAAGAGUAAGGCAAUAUCAGAUCAAAUAAAGAAAAGAAAAAAGUUCAUCAAGAAGAAGGUUAUAAAAAAAUGAUUUGAAAAAUAAAAAUCAUAUUAAUAAUUUCA